CGUAUAGAGUGUUAGAGCAAUUGGGCUGCUUUUUUACCCACACUUCUCACCUCUCCUCUGCAUAUAUAACCAAAAUGCUCUCCCCUGUUUUUUCACACACACACUCACACUGAUUAGAGAGUGAAUAUCAAUUCAAGAAAUCGAGUCGUACAAAGGUCUCGAUUUGGACCGCGACAACGUUAGAGCCACCGACUAAACGUUGUCUUUGUGACGGUAAGAAUGAAGAUGUCGCGAGAGAGCAUGCAUGAUUUGUUUCACAAGUCAAAGCCAUUCUUGGGUGUGGUUUUCCUACAAGCAGGGCUGGCUGGAAUGGACAUCAUCUCUAAAGCUGCAUUGAACGAGGGGAUGAGCAACUACGUGUUUGUUGUCUACCGUCAUGCAGUAGCCACCCUCGUCAUUGCCCCUUUCGCCAUCGCCCUAGACAAGAAAAUAAGGCCUAAGAUGACUACCGCUAUAUUUGCUAAGAUUAUGCUUCUCAGCCUUUUAGAGCCGGUAAUAGACCAAAAUCUCUACUUCUUGGGGAUGAAAUACACAACGGCAACGUUUGCAGCUGCGAUGGCCAAUGUCCUACCUGCCAUUACAUUCGUUAUGGCGUGCAUCUUCAGGCUGGAGAAAGUAAGGCUAAUGAGCAUCCGGAGCCAAGCCAAGAUCAUCGGAACGCUUGCGACAGUGGCAGGAGCCAUGAUCAUGACCCUCGUCCGAGGCCCAAACCUUGACCUGCCGUGGACCAAGGUGAUGACCGACCCCGCACGUCAACAGAGUGAAGUAAAUCUGCAGCAUUCAAUCAAGGGUGCACUCAUGAUCACCGUAGGAUGUUUCAGCUGGGCCUGUUUCAUGAUCUUACAGGCAGUGACUCUACGGACGUAUCCUGCAGAGCUAUCUCUCACUGCAUGGAUAUGUUUAUUAGGAACUGCACAGGGAGCGGCAGUGGCUCUAGUAAUGGAGAAGGGAAACUCAGCAGCUUGGGCCAUAAAAUGGGACACUAAGUUCCUUGCAGCUGCCUACAGUGGUAUAUUUUGUUCAGGCAUCGCUUAUUACGUGCAAGGAGUGAUAAUGAAAGAAAGAGGCCCUGUCUUCGUCACUGCUUUUAGCCCACUGAGCAUGGUCAUUGUUGCCAUCAUGAGCUCUUUCAUUCUUGCCGAGCAAAUGUUCCUAGGAAGGGUUGUUGGUGCAAUUGUCAUAGUCAUGGGGCUUUACCUUGUGGUAUGGGGUAAAAAGAAAGACUACGGGUCCCCUUCCGAGGGAGAAGAAGAAAUACCGGUAAAGCAAAGCACGAACGGGAAUGACAUGAAUAGUGGCAAUUCAAGCUUGGAGAUUGUUACUGGAGGAGGAGCUGCUGAAGGUGAUGAAAGAGUAACUCAUAAAAAUUGACCAACUUUUGGCUUCUGAUAAUGUUUGUUGUGUGCCCCACAAGUAAAAACAACAAAUUUUGGAACUCCUAUUGCAUUUUUAUUAGCAAAUGUACACUAUUUUUAUGAUCAACUGCAGAUAAUCGAUCUUGUAUCAAAUGCGAUGAUUAUUGUAGCGAUCUAGUUAAUAUUCUAAAUCAAUAAAUGAUGUGAGACUUAGACGAAA